AUGUAUUCUCAUGUAUUAGCUACGUAUCAAAAAACUUUACUUGCCUUUUGGGCAAAAACUUCCAAGACAAUGUCAGCUGUUGCUGAAUCAUUUAAAGGUUAUCAAUAUUAUGAAUUUACUGUUAUUAAAGAUCUUGCGGAACCAAGUCGAUUAUUAGCUGAAAUGAAUUCAAGUUCAUUUACUGAUAAAGAUAGUGACAAGAAUAAAGAAGAAGAUGAGAAAAUAACAAAACAAGACACAGAAGAUGAUCAGACACUUAUUGAUAUUACUGAUUCAUCAGUAGAAGAACAAAAAACAACUACUGAUUCAAAUGAACCAGUCAAUGCAUUACUGGAUAUAUCAGAUGAUCAACUUGAUAAUCAACUUCUUGAAUUAGAAAAAUUAACAAUCAUUGAUAAAGCUACAACAGCCGCUGCUAAUACAAGUACAACAUCGAAUCCAUCAGAAAAUGGUGAUAAUCUUGUUGACUUAUUUGACUCAUCUAUUGAACAUGACAAACUUUUUGCUGAUCUUCUUUCGCCAUUAUCAUCAGAAAUUAAUAAUCCCAAUAAUAAUACAAAUAGUGAUCUCCUUGACAUAAAUGAAAAUAAUAGUUUUGAAUCUAAUUGGGCAGCUGCAUUUGGUAAUAUAUCAAAUCAACAACAACCACAGCAACUAGUUCAAACAUCUACUAAUUCUGGUGCAUUAAAUAAUAAUAAUAAUAAUUUUCUUCCAUCAUCUCUCCUCAGUGAAUUAUUAACAUCAUCAAAUAAAACUGUUAAACCAACAAUGCCAUCUUCAACAGAUUCUAAACCAAAAGCAACAACUGGAAAAUCUACAGAUAAACAAAAUUGGUUAGAUUUAUUUGCUGAACUUGAUCCAAU